AUGAUGGGGAAAAACCCUAGAAAAUUUUGGGACAACGUUCCGCCCGACGACCCCAAACUCAGUGCAGUGAGUGAAUUGUUUUCAGAUCGGCCCAACUGGCGUGACAACACGUGGCCUCUUGUUCUCCAUUCUGAUGGAGGUCGUUUCACGAAUAAGAAUUCAGAUUCCUUGCUUUCAGUUCAGUUCAAAUCGUUGCUUGCAGAAGGUUUCGGCAUGUCGAUAUUCCCUAUAUUCUGCAUAGCGAAAUCAGCUUGCGACACACACACAAAUUCUAUGUUAUGGGAAGCGGCAGCGCACUAUAUAAAUUCUCUUGCUUGCGGCCUUCAUCCAGAACAGAUGCGUGGGGCCAAGAGUUCCCAGACAACUCGGACGACAAACGAUACGCAGGCUGUCCAAUCGCUGGCGAACAACAUUUCGUAG